UGUAAUGCGCAUUAGCAAAGAAACAGCGUCACCGUGAAUGAGCAUGGAAUUUAAUAGAGAAGAAGACGGAGGAGGGGGAGGAGUUUGUGUGCCAUAUCUACACGAUAAAACUGUAUGUGCUUUGGAUGAUUACACAUAUAACGUUAGAGGUAUUGAACAUGGGAUGCGGUGCAGACGCAUCUUCUUUUUUGGAUCUAAGCACUGGGAUCACAUCUUCAAGACUGGAAGUUAAUGGGGUAAAUUUACAUUAUCAGCGCACUGGAUGGGGAAAACAUGCAGUUCUGCUACUUCCUGGUGUCUUAGGAAGCAGUCAGACAGACUUUGCCCCUCAGCUUACAUAUCUGAAUAAGGAGCUUUUCACUAUUGUGGCAUGGGAUCCUCGGGGGUAUGGUCGUUCAAUCCCACCUAAUCGAGAUUUUCCUCCAGACUUUUAUGAAAGAGAUGCAAAAGAUGCUGUAGAUCUAAUGAAGGCACUCAAAUUUGAGAGAUUCUCUCUGCUAGGAUGGAGCGAUGGUGGCAUAACUGCACUUAUUGCAGCAGGAACAUACCCAUCACAUAUCCAUAAGCUUGUUGUCUGGGGGGCUAACGCAUAUGUUACCGAUGAAGAUGUAAAACUUUAUGAAGCUGUGAGAGAUGUAUCAAACUGGAGUGAGAACAUGAGAAAGCCCUUGGAGAAUCUGUAUGGAAAGAAGUAUUUAGCAAAGACUUUUACAGAAUGGGUUGACGCAGUCUAUCAAUUCACCAGUCGUCUGGAUGGUAAUAUUUGUCGACAUCUGCUUCCCUUGAUUAAGUGUCCAACUUUGAUAAUACAUGGGAAUAAGGAUGCAAUGAUACCGCCGGUUCACCCACAGUUUUUACACAAACAAAUCAAAGGCUCAAGGUUGCAUCUUAUUCCAGAUGGGAAUCACAAUCUUCAUUUGCGCUAUGCAGAAGAAUUUAACAAAUUGGUAGAACAUUUCCUAUGUCAAUCUGAAAAAAAAUCUAUAAAUUAAAGAAACAUAAUACUCAA